AUGAAGUACCUUGGCUUACUGUGUGCAGUUAUCCUUGCAUGCUUGGCAUGUUGUAAAGCUGCUGUUGUUCAGAUUACAGACGAAAAUUUCACAGAUCUCGUUGGCAAAGACGAUGAAUGGCUGAUUGAUUUCUAUGCUGACUGGUGUGGCUAUUGUAAGCGUUUGGAACCUAAAUACCAAGCUGCAGAGCGCAUGCUCUCCAAGAGUAGCCAUUCUCAUGUCAAGGUCGGUGCUAUUAAUGUGGAAACAAAUCCUGGUUUGGCUGCGCGAUUCUUUGUUUCGCGUUUACCUACGAUUGUUCACAUUAAAAAUCAUGAAGUACGUAGCCUCAAGCCUACUCAAAGAGAAAACGACAUCAUCUCAUUUGUCACUAUGGAGGAAUGGCGUGAUGUGGAGCCCAAGUCUGGUUUGAUUUCUCCCUUUAGUUUAUUCGGAAAAAUGGUGGGAUAUACCGGCAAGGUCGUGAAAAAGUUAUCGGCUUAUUCACCAUGGACACUGAUUGGCGUGCUUACUGGAUUCUUGAUCUUUGCCAUAAGUUUGCCCGUCAUGUUGAGUAGUAGAGGAUCUGAAGAAAAGGAAGCAGAAUCAGAAGUCUUACAACAGCAAGCAGCCGUCUCAAAUGACACUACCAAAAAAGCUGCAUCCACAUCUACAGCAAAAUCACCGGAACUGAGAUCAAGAAAGUCAAAACGCAUUGAUUAA